UUGGAACAUUGUUUAUUUGGAAAUUGAAUACAAUUUUGCCAAAGGUCACUUACUAGUUACAGAGUGUUUCUUUCCCACCGUUCCUCCCUCCCUAUGUGGUUGAUGACACACGUUCAAAACCCACAACUUGACAAUGACUGUGCUUGACAAUGCUAUGAAAUGCAGGCUUGCUGAGCUCUGGUAACCAGGGUGCGAUGAGAAUACGUGUAUAGGAGAGGAGAUGGGAGAAGACAGAGGAAGAAAGAGGAGAGGAAAAAGAGAAGAAGAGAAGAGAGGAGAGAGAAAACCUACUCUCCGUCAGAUCCAUUAUCUGCUCGAGGUUUAUGGAGCAGCAAAGACACUGCGCUAAGUCCAGCCCCCACGCCUUUAUCCACCUCUAGCUGCACUCCGCUCCGGGGAGGGGGGGGUAUCUCUCCAGUCCCUAGGCCAAAUAGGGGGCUGCUAAUUAAUACCUGCACCUACUUACCUCCCAGGGUCUUAAAGGACUCGCCUCCAGGAGGCCCUGGGAAGUCCCCUGCAGACUAAGGAGAUGGAAGAUCUCAAAGAGCCUCUUGCCUGCCCCCUUCCAGCACAGGGUGUCCUGGGCGGGCUGGCUUCGGGGGCAGCUGUCCAGGGAUGGCAGCCCGGACUGAUACCCUCCAAAAAGCAGGGCCGGGUUUCCCUGGGGCCGCCCAGGGCAGCCCCAGCCCAGGUCAUGACCUCGGACGGGGGGGAGGGGAGCGCAGUGACCUUUGACCCCAGCAGAAGCGUGGGCGCAGAGCCGCACCUCUUGGGCUCCGAAAGGCGAGAGGCGGGGCCUAGCUGGCGCCGGCUCCACCCCCAGCGCAUCGCCGACGGCCUUCCAUCGACUACUCCUCCGAGACUAGGCCGGACGAAUGGAGCACCGGCCGAUCGAGAAGCCCGCUGUUGGACCUUGAGCGCGCAGGGGAGGCGAGCGGAGCGCCGACCGAUCGGCCGGCCCCAGGCGUGGUGGGGGAGUGUCCGCGGCGGCGGCGGGGGCGGGGCGCGGCAGGGGCUCGGUGCUCUCGGGUGCGAUUGGCCGCGCCUGGAAGGAGCCGCACCUCGGACAGCAGCAGCGGCGGCGGGAGGAGGGAAAGAGGAGGAGGAGGGAGCGGGCACCAGGCACCGGGCGGCGACAGCGGAGCAAGAGCGACCGGCCAACUCCGGACCUAGCCCUAGACCCAGGACCCGGAACCUAGCCCGGCGGGCAGCCCCGCACCAGGUAUACAGAACAGGGAGAGCUGGCAUCAUUACAGAAGGAAAAGAAAAAAUGACCAAUUGAUGGUGAAAUGAGUCCAAGCCAGAGAGUACACUUUGCACCACAAAGAAAAAGGUGCUGACGGUUUAUCAAGAAUUCCUUUGUCAAUGAAGGGAAAAACUGAAUGGGAUAUUGACAAACAGAGGUCGUAAUACUCUUCACCAUGC